GACUAAGACCCGCCAUCAACAUGCCGAAAGCACCACGGAGACUGAAGUGGCUGCUUGCCGCAGGAGACGCCCGGAGAACAGAAAAAGCAGAAAAUAAUUCACCAUCAUCCCGACUCGCCGAACAAUUGCGCAAUGAAGAGCAAAAUAACACUCAAGCGCGACAGCAAUCGGCAGCAGAAGCUGCACAAGGGAGCGACAAUAACGAAGAACGCGAAGAACCUCGCGAGCCAAUUAAUGUCUUCAAGCCCCUAACACAAAGGGUCGAAGCUCCCCCCACGUCUCUCAUGCGUCCAGGUCAGAAGAUGACGGCCAAAGAGGCUGGGUGGUUAGGAACCUCUCUUCAAGCAGGAGGCGAAUAUACUUUGCCCGAGAGUGAAGCCGACGCAGCCGUGAACAUUCCGGUAAAUAGCGAAUUGCAGAUGGGUCGAAUCUUCAGACUAUGUUGGUUCCGCGAUAUGAUUAUCGAUGCCGUUAAAGUCGCUGAACUCGCAAACCCCAACGGGGAUGAUAACAGCUACCGCACGGCACUCGCCCGCAAAAAUCUCCAAGAUCUUGCAGGAACACUCCAGAGGGAGUGCUUCCUCGCUAAAGACACCAUAAAAUUCGUGCGAAGCACGAUUCUCAACUAUGAAGACAAAAAGCCCGCUGAGGCGGCACACUUCAAUGGCCUCAGCUCGCAGGAGCAGCGAGCUGUCUUCCUCAGGGCCAUCACUCCAGGAGGAAAAGAAGUCGCCACCAUGCUCCGCCCCCUGCGCCAGACAAUCGACAUCCCGCGCAUCCUGGUUGACCCAAUCUUCAAGCGAUACGUGCAGGAUCUAUUCCUCACGAACUGCAUGUCACUCUACUUAAACACGCACUGGGACGCCCCAGACGUCGACGGCGAAUUCGUCGUGGACGGAAAGCACGUGUACGCCGAUAUACGGCCAAUUCCGAACCGCCACCAGCUCCCAGAUAUAUCGGAAAUUUUCGUUCCAUUUAUUGUGGGCGAAACAAGGAUCCAAGUUCACGGUCAGGAUCUCACUGACUCAAAGGAUUGA